AUGGAGUUUAAAAAAUAUUGCCCAUUUGAAUAUCCAAAGGAAAGAGAUAUUAAUGGAAUCGAUGAUAUUCUAGAGUCAAAAGAUAAUUUAAGAAAAUUGAAAAAUAAAGUUUUAAAUAAUUUAAAUCUAGAUAAUAUAUAUUACGAUUAUCAUAACAAAAUAAAACAUAAAGAAUGUUUGCUAAAUAAUAAUGAUGAUCCAAAUAACAAUAAAAAAUGGUAUUUAUAUUUCCAACCCUUAAAUAAUAUAUCUAUAGAACAAUAUUGGAAAUAUGAUAAAGUUACAAUAAAAGAUAUUUUAAGUUCAAACAUUAAUACAAACAAUAGUAAUGAUUUACAUGAUCAAUUAAAAAAAAAUAAAAAAUAUCUUAAAUAUAUUUCUAAAUCUAUUUUAAAAGGAAACCCUCAUGAAUCAUUAAUAAAAAAUACUUUUAAAUAUUCAGAUAAUUAUAUAAACAAUUCAGAUAAAUAUACUACAAGUUCUAUUAACAAUAAUAUGGCUCCUUCUUUGUUAAGUCUAAAUACUAAAGCAAUUAAAAAUUCACAAAGUUUAUUAAAUUGGAAAUUAAAAUAUUCAAAUAAAUUUUCAAAAUCUUAUGAUCAUAGUAAUAUUGAAGAUCCAGAUAAAGCUUCCAUAACUUUAGGAUCAACUAGUUUAUCUAUUACGAAAAAAAACAUUGAAGAUGAAAAUAAUAGUAAAACAGGUAAUAGUGAUGUACACUCAACCCAAUAUAAAAUGAAAUAA